AUGUAUCAACUUCAACAGUGGACAUCAUUCGACGAGUUUGUUAUUUGGUUGAAAUCUUGCUGGCUUGUAUGCCCACUUAAUUCAUGUACAUGUCCAAAUGGGUUGAAAUCUUAUGUAUGCAAACAUUCAAUUGGUUUGGGUAUGCUUCUCAACAAAUACGAAAUUAACGAUAAAACUCGCUUACAGGUUUUGGGUAAACGACGUGGUAAAGGCAGGUCGAAAAAAGUUCGAACUGCUCUGUUAUCAUAAAAAUUUUUUUCAUAAUAAUCAUAUUUACAUAACAUGCAUUUAUUACCUUUUUGUGUUCUUCAUGUUGUUCUGUGUGAUGACAUUAUUUAUUUUCUUAUUUCACAUAUAAACAAAUUUGGUGCUCAUUUCACUCUUUAUUUGGUGCUCUUUUCACAUAUACUUAAUUUGGUGCUCAUUUCACUCUAUUUUUGGUGCUAAAAACACUCCCCACCCAUCAUCAAUAGAAGUGGAAUAAGAAAACUAAUUAUCAUGAUUCUAGUAAUUACUAUUAAAAUAGAAUAUGAAUAAAUAAAAUUCUCAUUGAUAAUAAUUUGAAUAUACUUGUAGAAAGAAAUGACACUGAUGCAAAACUUGUGUUACUCUUAAAACUUACUUUAAGCUCGAAACAGCAUCAAACUAAUUUAGUAGUUAUUUUACAUGAAAAAUAAGAGAAUGAAUCAAUCGAGAUUCAAACAAAAAUACUCUCAUAGACCUGUUACUCAAAUUAAUAAUUCUCAAGCAAUAAUAAUGCCAUUCUAAGAAAAUAAUAAAGUACGUGUCAAUAUUGAACUAAUUUUCUCCUGUUGAGGGUGUGGGUGUGGGUGUGGGUGUGGGUGAGGGUGUGGGUGUGGGUGGGUGUGGGUGUGGGUGUGGGGUGUGGGUGUGGGUGUGGGUGUGGGUGUGAGUGUGGGUAUUGGUGUGGGGCGUUGAUGUAGAAAGAAAUGUCGCCCAGACCCACAUCCCACACCCUUGCUAGUUGCAAUCCAAAUGAGCGAAAUAUGAAGCGU